GUGUUUGUGAACCACAGAUAUCAGAAAUUUAACGCAUAAUUUAUUUAUGUCUGUGGUGUGAAAGAGUAGACCGGAAAUUCUCCGAGAAGUUGGGUAAAUGGACUUAACCUUGUGAACUUGAAGGAACGCCCACGCAGCCCAUAAAUUUGAUAUUGGGCCUUGUGGUAAAACAAAAACAUCAAUAAAAAAAAACCAAAAAUAGGGCGCCCUCUCCGUUUCAAAAGCAGAGAGGGCGUUCUUUAUUGCAGCUUGGCGCUUUCUACAAAUCUGAGUAAAUUAUUGCUUGCUGAAAGUGAAAGAACUAUCAGUUCUGUUCCAAAAUGGAGUUUUUAGAAAUGCAGUCAGGGUGGAUAAACCCAGGUGUUACCAGUGACAAGCCACCAAGCACACCUCCAAAUGGCCGCUCAAAUAUCUCAAGCCAAGGACAGAGGCCCCACAAGGUCUAGCCAGCGGUCACCCCACGUUCAGGCCCCAGACCUCCAGUACAGAUGAGAAGUCGGAGGAUGAGCUGUCCAUAGGGCCAGAUGACAAGGACAUGUACUGAGAGGAAGACAUACCACCUCAACAAGAGCCAACGAAGAGGUCGAGCAGAAUGGUGAGCUGAUCCUAAAACAUCUGAUCAUCAAUUUCAGGAAGGGACUCCGCCGCAAUAUGAUGUGUCUGUUGGCCAUUGACAGACACGUCAUCGACCAAUUGGUCAACCGACAAGUGGCCCAUGAGGUGAUUGCUCUUGAGAUCUUGACCCUUCUAUUGGAGAACCCUAUCAACAAUAAUGGUGAGGUGGCCAUUGGCUUUUUGAAGGAGAGUGCCAUGAAGUUAUCAGAAGUCUCACCGAGAGGAGUCAAUGCCAUCUUUGAUCGACUUCGAAGCAUCCUUCAUGAGGCACAGGUUGAACAGGGAGUCCAGUACAUGGUGGAAGUCAUGUCUGCCAACAGCAAAGACGGCUUCAAAGAUUUCCCAGCUGUCCAGGAAGGAUUGCAUCUGGUAGAGGAGUCUGAACAGUGUACCCAUCUGCUCACUCUGGAAGAGAACUACUCACCUGAAGAAAAUACUCAGAGGACCCCAAUUGUUUUGCCAAUGACGAAAAGUACAAUGCCAUCCAGAAGGAGAUCCCAGGAGAGGAUAGUGACGAGCCAAGCUCAGGGGGUGACAGCGAAGAAUCUGACAGACAGGACGAAAAUGAGGAAGAUGAAGAAUGAUGAGGACAGGACUGCCCUGAUGCUGUCACCACUGGCAUAGGUGUCCCAGAUGAAGUCACUUUCAGGAACCGCGUAUGACAGAACUGGAGCAGGUGGUUCCAGCCCUUCAGCUCAUGAAAUGCCUUGACAACUCUCAGUCCACACAAGCUCCUUUGACUUCUCUGUCAAGGCAAGGAGUGGGCUUGCGAUCUCUGCAAACCCUCGUAUGAACCUCUGGUAGUGUGAGGCAAGACCCAGAAAGCUUCUCCUCUCAUACACACCUCAGAGUUGUCACUGCUUCAACCUUUCGUGGGUAAUGUGCCCCAGCUUGCUCGAAUUUGGUCUCACAGGGAAUGACAAAGAUGACUCCGAU